CUGUCAAGUUAAAGAAAACGUGGGGACGAUCACUUCAAGAGCCAAUGGAGUACGAGUCCAUCAUCGUUGGAGUUCCAGGGAACACAGCUGAGCUCGAGUGGAAACUCCUUCGUUGGAAUCACAAUGGGAUGAAGUAUAAUCCAUCCAAACCAUACUCUGGCCUUGGCUCUCUUAAGCCGCCAUUGCGAGGAGGGCGCACAAGUAUCAGUGUGGAAGACUUUCCCACCGCUGUGUGGUAUCUGCCCGCAAGCAUGGUGUCCAAGUUUCCGCUCCGGUUCAAGCUUCACCUCGAGGCCGAGAUGCAUCUCGUCUGGUAUGCGAAAAGCAACCGCAUGUACCGCAAAGCCAAUUGCACCAGCGAGACAGUCGAGCUUUCACACGAGUUUGUUGUCACUGAUGGUGAGUGAGAAGCCGGACUGUCAUAUACUUUUUUUCUUGAAAUU